AUGGCAGGACUCGCUCUCGAUAACCAAGCUGGAGCGUUCUAUACCUUCACUGACUUCGAAACAUAUGCACGAGGCGGCCAUGCGGGUCAGGGUCAGUGCUUUCCAUUCACAUGUUGGCCUUCGCUAACUGUCGCAGCCGUCAAUGGAGUCGACCUGAACAACGAGUUCUACAGCUUGACAGUCGACUAUCGAAAUCAGAUUGUGACCGCCAUUGAGCGGUGGAAUGCGGCUCAAGCGCAUUAUGAAGACAAUCAGAGGAUAUGGACCACGUUCAAGAACUCCGUCGCAAGCCAGCUGGCCGAGCCCGCAGUCGAUCAUCAAAUCGUCGACCGUUACCAGGAUUUGGCUAAAAAUUGCGUCAAUGCUGCAAAACUCGCUGCGCAGACGCUGAUCGACAUGUUCGAUAUCUCCGAGCGGAACACAUAUCGUAUAGGAAUGCAUCCCGCCUCGCAUGCGUGGACCUUGAAUCAGGUGCAUAUCCUACAACGACAGAAGACAUGGUUCGAACAAGAAAUUGCUGGUAUGGAAGCGCGAAGAGACCCUGUCGGCCGCAAAAUUCCUGCCAGCAAGUUCGUCCAACGUUGGCAGAAAGAGGAAGCCGAUAAGGCAGCUCUUCGGGAUGGUUUCCGAUAUGAGCGCCUUUACGCCGAUCAGCUUCCUGAAGCCAGUCUCCGGUGGAAACUAAUGGACUUGUUCAACGGAGGUCUGUCUCAGGCCGGCAUAUGGGUACAGGUCGAUGAGAACGAUAUCGUUCACGAUAGAAUUGUGAAGAAGAAUAGCUACAUGGAUAGUGCAACUUGGCUGUCGUCAAAAUACUGGCACGGGAAUCCGAGCGACAUCGAUGCGCGAUUGCCUCUGGAGGCGCACUUGCAACAGAAAUGCUGGCGCGCAGCGAAUGAACAUUUCCCAGCCAUUCGCACUUGGCGUCAAGACCACAAGAACCUCUUCGUGAGCAUUUACGUCGAGUUCUGCGCUCAGGGAGACCUGUUAAAGCUAUCGGACUAUUACUCCACGCAGCGAUCAUAUCCUGAGCCUUUCCUUUGGAUGGUAAUGCUACGAAUGGUAGAAAGCUGCAUAGUCAUGCAGCAGGGCUCGAUUGAUGGUCCGCCUGCACCAGGAUGGCGGCAGAUUGUUCAUCGAGAUAUUAAACCAAGCAAUGUGUUCAUGGACUCUUGCCAAGACAGUAGCUGGCGUCACUAUCCCGUGCCAAAGAUGGCGGACUUUGGACUCGCGUUUGAGACCGACGCACAAGACCCACUCAACCCGAAGUUCUACCUCGGCUCCGGUACCGCACCUUUUCUGGCCCCUGAGCAAGUGCCGUUUGUGAAUAGCGUGACUGGUGAGCCGAUGGACGAACACAAGAUGUCGGACUGUACGAAUGUGUACGCCAUCUGCGCCUUGAUGUUCGAGCUGGUCGGGCAUGAUGAGAUAAACCGUCAGCCGAAGUUCUUGCCGGGAGAGGCCCCCUGGACAACGAGCCAACGGACGAUGAUGACCUACACUCCCACCCUCCUCGGAAUCAUCAUGAGUGGCUUGGUCUGGGAUCCGCGCAAGCGGCCGUCGUCAACGCAACUACGUACCGCGCUGAUCAAUGCGAUUGACUGGUUGCCGGCAGCGAUGGCGCAGUAUAUCAAGGCUUCUCGCGCGGGAGCUCCAAUUUCGGCCGAUUGGUUCAAGUUGGAGAUACUGCCGGACAAGUAUCAGAUCGGAAUGGCAGCUGGCAUCGCCCCGUUACUGGAGGACGAAGAAGAUGAUCUGGACGACUCAGAUGAUAUGGAGGAGGAAGAAUGA